AUGAAAAUUUUAUUUUUAAAUAUUGUGAUUUUAAGCGUUGCGCUCGGUGCUCCAAGUACUACAGAAACUAAUCGAAUAGAUAGGGAGCCUUCAUCAAAUUUUGGAACUACGGAUUUCAAUCAGACAAAUUUUCAAGUACAUCGGGAUAAUUUAAAUUUACCACUUGCUGAAGCAUGUGAUCCAACAAAAUGUACGCCACCAAAGUGUCGUUGUUCACAAACCUUUUUAAGUAAGGAAUUACCACCGGAAAAGAUUCCACAGUUGGUGGCAAUAACAUACGAUGAUGCUGUUACAGCUCUUAAUUAUGAAUAUAUUCAAUCUGCAAUCAGAAAAUUAAAAAAUCCGGAUGGUUGUAAAGCAUUAGCAACAUUUUUCGUUUCACAUGAAUAUACCGAUUAUACAAAAGUUCAUAAGUUAUGGGAGCAAGGACAUGAAAUAGCUUUACAUUCAAUUAGUCAUAAACCAAUGACUACAUAUUGGAAUACAGCUGAUGUUGAACUUUUAAAAGAAGAAUUUGGUGGACAACGUGAUAUGAUGGCACAUUUUGCACAAAUUAAAAAAGAAGAUAUUAAAGGAAUACGUACACCAUUAUUUGAAAUUUCAGCAAAUACAACGUAUUUUGCUUUAAAAGAAAUGGGUUUAACAUAUGAUAGUUCAUGGCCAACACAACAUUUUACACAUCCCGGUAUGUGGCCAUAUACAUUAGAUUAUCAAUCAACACAGGAUUGUCCAUUAGCUAGAUGUCCAACUGCAUCUAUACCUGGUGUAUGGGUAAGUCCACUUUUAGAUUGGACUGAUGUUGUUGGUAAUAAAUGUGCAAUGCUUGAUGCAUGCGGUAAUUUACCAGAAGAUGAUGUUGAUGAAUUAUUUAAAUGGAUGAUGGAAAAUUUUGAACAAAAUUAUAAAAAUAAUCGUGCACCAUUUCCAAUUUAUUUACAUGCAUCAUUCUUUUUAAAAGGUGAUAAUUAUUUGCCAGCUUAUAAAAAAUUCUUGGAACAUUUAAACACCUUACCAGAUGUCUAUUUUGUAACAGUCUCACAAAUUAUCGAUUACGUGAAGGCACCAACACCUGAUAAACCAUCAAAAACUUGCGUUCAAAGAGAAAAAUCAAAUUGUAAACCACGUUUUUGUCAAUUAAAGAAAACUGAAACACAAGAAGAACGUUGGAUGAAAACAUGUGUAGCAUGCCCAUCUGUUUACCCAUGGGUCGGAAAUCCUUUCGGUAAACCAGUUAAAAAGAGAAAUUGA